AUGGACAUUAGGCCAAAUAAUACAAUUUAUAUUAAUAAUUUAAAUGAAAAAAUAAAGAAAGAGGAACUAAAGAAAUCUUUAUAUGCAAUUUUUUCCCAGUUCGGUCAAAUAUUAGAUAUUGUAGCACUAAAAACAUUGAAAAUGCGUGGACAAGCAUUUGUUAUUUUUAAAGAAAUAGCUAGUGCUACAAAUGCUUUAAGGUCAAUGCAAGGUUUUCCAUUUUAUGAUAAACCAAUGAGGAUACAAUAUGCAAAAACAGACAGUGAUAUAAUUGCAAAAAUGAAAGGAACAUAUGCAGAACGACCUAAGAAACCAAAACGAGUUGUUCCUGCAGCUGAUGAAGAAGCUAAACGUGCCAAGAAACGUGCCAAAGAACAAGCUAAGCAUUCUCAACAAAUUGUUGUGGUACAUGCUGGUUUAGUUAAUACAGCUGUACCAGAACAGCCACCAAAUCAAAUUUUAUUCCUUACAAAUUUACCAGAUGAGACCAGUGAAAUGAUGUUAUCUAUGCUUUUCAAUCAGUUUCCUGGCUUCAAAGAAGUACGUUUAGUACCAAACAGACAUGAUAUUGCAUUUGUUGAAUUUGAGAAUGAAGUUCAAUCAGGAGCUGCAAAAGAUGCUCUUCAAGGAUUUAAAAUUACACCUUCUCAUGCAAUGAAAAUUUCGUUUGCAAAAAAAUAA